GAUGUCCUCAUUAGCAUCGUCAUAUAGGCUAAGAUUGGGCUUGGCCACACGAUACCCAUCCAAAUCUCGUCCCCAUAUUUAGAGGCUUGCUUUAUUUAUAUUAUUAUCCUCAUUAUAUUAAACGAUAAAACCCUGGAAAGAGGCGCACAAUUGCAGUUGCAGGGGAAGAGAAAAUGGAUUACUACUAUGCACCUGGGAGGAAUCAUUUGUUUGUGCCGGGGCCUGUCAACAUCCCUGAGCCUGUUCUGCGUGCUAUGAACAGGAACAAUGAGGACUACCGCUCCCCUGCCAUUCCUGCCUUUACCAAAACCCUUCUUGAAGAUGUCAAGAGAAUCUUCAAAACUACCUCUGGCACUACCUUUUUAAUUCCUACUACAGGUACUGGUGCGUGGGAAAGUGCUCUGACCAACACGCUCUCGCCACGAGAUCGAAUAAUCUCUUUUGAGAUAGGCCAGUUCAGUCUAUUAUGGAUUGACCAAAUGCAACGUCUCAACUUCGACGUUGAUGUUGUAAGCUCGGAAUGGGGACGAGGGGCUAAUCUUGAUGUAUUAAGUGCAAAGCUUGCACAAGAUAAAGAACACAAAGUAAAGGCUGUCUGCAUUGUACACAAUGAGACUGCAACUGGUGUCACCAACAAUUUGGCAGCUGUACGGAGAGUGCUUGAUGAUUGCGGGCAUCCUGCAUUGCUUCUUGUGGACGGUGUGUCUUCUAUAUGUGCUCUAGACUUCCGCAUGGAUGAAUGGGGAGUGGAUGUAGCACUUACUGGCUCUCAAAAAGCUCUCUCCAUGCCAACUGGAAUGGGUAUAAUCUGUGCAAGCCCAAAGGCCAUGGAAGCAGCCAAGAGUGCAAAGUCAUUGCGAGUGUUUUUUGACUGGAAUGACUAUUUGAAAUUCUACAAGUUGGGGACUUUUUGGCCCUAUACACCUUCCAUUCAACUUCUAUAUGGGCUGCGCGCAGCGCUUGACCUUCUAUUUGAGGAAGGACUAAAUAAUGUCUUUGCCAGACACGCCCGGUUAGGAAGGGCCACCAGGCUUGCUGUAGAAGCAUGGGGGUUGAAAAAUUGCUCUCAGAGAGAGGAAUGGUACAGUGACACUGUUACAGCAGUGAUUAUUCCGCCUUACAUUAAUAGUGCAGAUAUUGUGAAAAGGGCAUGGAAUAGAUACAAUAUGAGUUUGGGACUGGGCCUCAACAAAGUUGCCGGCAAGGCGUUUAGAAUAGGACACCUUGGAAACGUAAAUGAGUUACAACUGCUGGGAUGCCUUAGUGGCGUGGAAAUGAUAUUGAAGGAUGUUGGAUACCCAGUAAAAUUGGGAAGUGGAGUUGCAGCUGCAGCAGCUUAUCUUCAGCACUCUAUUCCAUUAUUCGCAUCUAGAGUGUAACAGCUAGGGUUUUAUAUCUUUGUAUUUUAUCUGAAAGAUUUCUUCUCAGCCUUUCUUUAGACUACACCCAUGUAUUUAAAUCCACUUUCUUAUAUGACUAUAAAGCCUUUUUUCCUAGUUGGAAAUGUCGUACGUGGACGAUUGACAUUUCAUUGAUGUUUGUAUGUUAUUUCAACAUAUCCAUCGAUUAUUCAAUAUCGUUUCAACAAAAUUAUUCUCUACAAUGUACCGGAUGUUGGAUAUUUUGAUAAGAUUUCUGUGCUUUAUUAA